AUGUCGGAGGAAAAAGAAGAAAUGGCCGUCCGCGAAGAUGAAGUAAAGACCGAGAAGGUCAAAACCAAGAAGUUGGUCAAAGCAGAUUCCAUUCAUCAGGAAACUGGGAAUGAACCGGCUGAGAAUGGAGAAGAAGGUAGUAGUGACAGCUCAAAUUCAUCGGGUUCUGGGGAUGGUGUACUUCCCUCGACGUCGGAGUUGAGUGCUGACAGAUUAAAUGGAGUUCAGAUUGGUCGAGUAAGUGGAAUUUUUGUUUUUUUUUUAUUUUUAGGAAAAUUUUUGGUAGUUAAUAUUGGUUUGACUUGAAAAAGGUGUUAUUGCUGUACCUUUUUUUUGCUGUUUGUAAAUUUUAUUGAAAAACAGUUGUUUGACAUUUUUCAAAGCUAAAAUUGUAAGCAAGUUCAUCUUUUUUUAGAACAGCACAAACCGAGUCAAACUUUACGUUCUAUGCGACCAACGCAUUUGGGACGAUCGAGGGACGGGGCAUGUCGCAUGCGUACAAUACCCAGAUGAUCCGAACACAUGGUGCAUAGUGGUACGACUGGAAGCUUCAGGUAAUGCUGAAGAGUCAAAUUCUGAACUCUUUAAAGAAAAAAACGUGUUGGAAUCGCCGGUCCAACGAGACACAGUAUAUCAACGACAACAAGGCACGCUGAUAGUGUGGUCAGAGUCUGAAUCCUGUGAUCUGGCUCUGUCGUUCCAAGAAAAGAACGGUUGUACGGCGAUUUGGGACAGGAUUUGUCAGAUUCAAGGAAAAGAUCCGGACGCAGAUGAGGAGGCUGAUAUGGACGAUCAGCAAAGCGAUUCCAGCAAUUCCAACGCUUCUUUGUCGGCUGGACCGAGCAUUGCUAUUCCUGCUUGUACGGUGGGGAACUUGGCGGAUAUUGAGGGAUUGUUGACUAAUCAUAUGGCCACACCAUCUAUGAGGGAAAGAAUGGCUAGCAGCUUACAAAGUCAGGGGUGAGUCUCUUUACACUUGCUUGUUUUUGAUUUUUAGGUAACACGUAAUAUAAAUACUGGUUUUUAUAAGGCUUUAGAUACUGUUACUUGAGUUAAGAUUAGGCUCAGUAACUGUAGGCAUUAUUUUUAAUGUUAUUUCACUUAAAACGCAAUUUUUAGAUACAUUUCAAAACUAUGCGAUCUAUUCAAACUCUGCGAAGACUCUGAGAACGAAAAACACCUACAUUCCUUCUACAACAUUGCCAAGAAUAUGUUUUUGCUAAACAGUAACAUGAUACUGAACGAGUUACUGGAAGAAAAACAUUUCACAGACAUUGUUGGUAUGUUAGAGUAUGAUCCAACGAAUGGUCGGAAGAAACAUCGGGAGUUCUUGUUCGAAAAAUCAAAAUUCCGGGAAGUUUUGCCAAUUAAAACGGAGGAUUUGAAGAAAAAGAUUCAGAUGACCUACAGGGCACAAUAUGUUCAGGUUGGUUUUUGCUAAUGCUUGAUGUUUUUAAGGGGUUUUCAAAGUUUUUUGUUUUAAAAUGAGAUUUAACAAGAGUAAGAGUAAUUUAAAUAAAUUAUGUGAAAUUUUCAGGACGUUUGUCUGCCAGCCCCAUCAUUGUUCGAAGAAAACUUCUUGACAUGCUUAAACAGCCAUCUUUUCUUCUCAAGGGCGGAAAUCGUAUCUUCUUUGUUGGUAUGUUAUUCUUCAACAUUUCGUUAUAUUAAUCAGCAUGUUAACUCUGUUUUUCCUCUUGACUAAGAAUAAUCAUCAAAGCAUUAAAACCUUAUUUUUAGAAUGACAAAGAAUUGAUGAAGCAACUUUUCGACGAGCUCAAGGACCCAAAAACACCUCAACUUCGACGCCGGGACCUGACCAAAUUCUUGAAAGAGUUUUGUUCGUUUGUUCAUUCUCUACAAGCGUCGGGCGGUGGCAGGGAACAGUUCUUCAAAACCAUUCUGAACCAAGACAUGCUAUCUGGCAUUGAUCUUUGUAUCUCUUCGCCCUUACCCACAACAAGAGUAGCAUCCAUCGAUGUGAUUUCUAUGAUUGUUGACUAUAAUCCUAUAUUCAUGAGGGACUUUCUGUACAAACAAGCUAAAAGUAUUCCAGAGGAUCGACCGGUAUGUUUUUUAUAUUGUUUUGUUUAUAUUUUAGGUAACAAAUCGGGGUUUUUUUAUUUUUGUAUAUGAAUUUUGGAAUCUGUUGUAGUACCAAAAUUGGUUCAACAGAUAUCAAAAUGCACAAAUUGAUAUUUCUGCCAUUUUAGGAUGGUGUGUUGCUGAACAAGAUUGUCAAGUUGAUCAUGUUGGAUAGAGAUCCCGAGCUUACCACUGCCAACAAUAUUUCACUUUUGAUUAGAAACCUGUUAGAUGCUGAAAGUAUUGUUACAUUGGCAGCUGUAGCACGGACUUCCCCCCGCGCGUUACUGGAGAAACAAGGCUCAAAGUCAGAGAAAACGGAUUUCUUUGCCAUGUUUUAUCAACGAGUAAUCGACACAUUGGUUCAACCUUUGUUUGUUAACAUCAAGGAUGGCAACAUUAUAAGAGGUUGGUUUUUUACUUUUAAUAUUAUGUUGUGGAUUUGUUGGUACUUUAUGAUAUUUUUAUUUUAUUUAAUUGUUGUUAAUCUGGUUGAAAAUAAGGUUUUCUAUCUAUUUUAACCUAAAAUUUUGAUAAUCUUUAUCAAAAAUAUUUUAGAUGAUUACUACCGAGCGAAUCAGAUGGCCUUAAUUUUGGAAUUACUAAGCUUUUGCGUUGAGAAUCACAUGCAUUCAAUGCGAAACUUUGUGAUUGCAAAAGAUUUGUUGUCUACAGUGGCAGUCUUUCUCAAGUCGAAACAUCAGUUCAUGGCUUUGUGUGCUUUGAGGCUGAUUCGAAAAGUGAUACAACAGAAGGACGAAGCUUAUAUUAAGUAUCUCGUGGACAAGAAAGUGGUUGAUCCUAUUGUCGGAGCUUUGAUGGACAACGGAAACCGAUACAAUCUCAUGAAUUCAGCUAUUCUCGAGUUCUUCGAGUUUGUUAGACAUGUAAGUUAUUUCAUUUUUUAAUGUUCAGAGUCUAUGUAUGAACUACACAUCUUGUUUUUUUAUAUCAAUACAUAAAUCUUCUAUAAUUUAUUUUUGACCCUUUUCAGGAAGCGAUUGGACUCUUGCUCCACUACACAAUAGAAAAUCAUUUCGAGACGUUGAAACAAAUCGAAUAUGUACAGUUAUUUAAGCAGAUGAAGCUACGUCACGAGGCGAUGGAGAACUGUAAAGCCGACAUUAGUAAUAGCAGUUCAGUUCGCGCUCCAGAAUCUCCAGUACGUCGUCUACCUAGUCAAUGGGCGAAGGAGCCGGAUUACGACAACGACGAGCUGUUCUUCCCUAAAGAUGACGCCGACGAAGAGGAGGAGGAAGAAGAAUCCGACUUCACAAGACGAUCUCCCAAAAGGAAAAGUGGCAUCGAACCAAUGUAUCCGUCUGUAGCCAAACGAAAGUGUAGGUUUUGGUUUUAUUAAGGGUUUGGGCUGUUUAUGAAGGUUUUAAACGAUCAACGCAAUAGUUUAUUUUUUUAACGCUAAAACACUACUGAUAACUAAUAUUGUUCAUCUUCAGUGAACUCAGACGACGAAGGCGUAGCCUCGAUCUUUGGCGGAUCUCUAUCACCUCCUAUUACCUCAUCCAACAGAAAAAUAUUGAUAAAAGUGCGAGACCGGUUGGACUCGUCCUCGCCACCCCUCGAGAACGACGAAGAGAACGGCUCGCCAGUCUCGAUAACAGCGAACUAA